UAUUCGGCUGAUUCAUUCUCUCAUUUUUUUUCCUGCAAAUUAAUGGAAAUGGAAGCAAAUGUUGAAGAGAAUGAGAGGAAUAUCAAGAUGAUUCGUUCAGUAAUCGGUUCUGAAAUUCCAGAAAAUGAAAUUCUCGAACCCCUUUCACAGAAAAACAACAAUCCAGAAGCAGCUAUUAACCAUUUGCUAGAUUCUUCGACGCCGUUGAUAGUUCACAAGACUGUUACGGGCACAGGGGUAAGGAUUUCUGCUCCGAUAAAACAAGAGAAUGGAGAAGAAUCAUUGGGUUGUAAUACUGUAAGUGGGUUAAAAGUUAAGGAAGAAACCGAUUUGGGUGUCAAUGAAAAAGGGGAAAGAAAGGUUUUUGAUGGGUGUGGAGCAAAAGGGUCGGUUGGUAACGGGCUAAAAGUUAAAGAAGAAUACGAUGUGGGUGCUGAGGAAAAUGGGCAAAAAGAGGAAGAAAAGAAGGUUUUCAAUGUGCGGGAUUUUAGAAAAGAAUUCAAUGAAUGGCUUAAGUUGCCUGAAAACAACCCGCAAAUCGAUAUUCAGAAACCGAAAGAAGAAAAGAAACUUGAAAUGGUUAAGUUCAAAGAAGAACCUGUACUUCGUCUUGAACCAUUGUCAUCAAGGCCUUUGUCAAAACACGAAUACAACAGACUGAAUAGUAGUAGUACUAGUAAUAGGGAUAUUGGGGGAAUUAAGGAAAAGAUUGGAAUUGAGAAUAAUAGUCUUAGUACUGUUGUGAUUGAGGAUGGGGAUUUCCCUGAAGAUUCUGAUUGGUUGUUAGUUGGGAGAACUGUUGUUACUGGACUUUCAACUACAAAGGGAAGAAAACUGGAGAAUAAUGAGAUUGUUCAUUUUUCAUUUCCUCAGCUUGGGAGUAGUAAUCAGAGUUCACACUGGGGUGGGUCAAGAGCUGCUAUUGCUGCUGCAUCAUCCAUUGUUAGGUUCUCGACUAAACGAUCGGGGGAGAUUGGGCGUCUUCCAAUGGAAUGGGCAAAAUGCCUCAUUCCACUUGUAAAUACUUCAAAGGUAAAGGUUUUUGGUCGAUGUGUUGCUGCACCUGUAAAUCUGUCCCUAAUGCAGGAGCUUAUGUUGUAUGUAAGUUUCUACAUUCACCACUCGGUGUUUACAAGCUGUGAGAAGUCAUCAUGGAGGCUGGAUUCUCCCUCACAAAUUGAUACUACAACAUAUCCACUACUUACAUUGUUCAAGUUGCUCAAAGUCAAACCCUUUCAGAAUGCUGAGUUCACCCCGGAUGAGCUUGAUUCUCGUAAACGCCAGCUCAAUUUAGAUUCUGAUUCAAAUGAAGCUGCUUCAGUGUUAUCAAUUGCAAAACGAAGAAAGGGCUGCCAACAGUUAUCAGAGCCAAACAAGGAUGAGCAAGAAAUCUCUGAAGCAUCUAUUAACAAACUUGUCGGUUCUGUAGACAUGUAUGACUUGAAGGAGAUGGAGGCUCCCGAUACACUUAUGUGCAGCCUAAGGCCUUACCAGAAGGAGGCUCUUUACUGGAUGUCAGAAUCAGAGAAAGGAGCUGGUGUAGAGGAAGCAUCAAAAACUCUUCAUCCGUGUUGGGCAGCAUAUCGGAUAUGUGAAGAGAGGAAAAUAUAUGUCAACAUUUUCUCUGGGGAAGCAACUACUGAAUUCCCAACUGCAUCAAAUGCAGCACGUGGAGGGAUAUUGGCAGAUGCAAUGGGGCUUGGAAAGACGGUGAUGACAAUUUCUCUAAUACUUGCGAGUCUGGGCAGGGGUAGCCCUGAUCAGGAAAUUGUCUUGGAAGACACAGAUGAAACUGAAUGUGUAACAAAAAGAAUCACUUAUACUGAUACUGAAGUCUCAAAAAAAGCAAAAGGUGGCACUCUCAUUGUCUGUCCUAUGGCAUUACUAGGCCAGUGGAAGGAUGAACUUGAAGCACAUUCAAAACCUGGUAGUGUUUCAGUUUUUGUUCAUUAUGGCGGGGACAGAAGUAAUGAUCCUAGAGUGAUAGCAGAACAAGAUGUAGUCCUGACAACUUAUGGUGUCUUGAGUGCAACUUAUAAGGCUAAUAAUGAGAAAAGCAUAUUUCAUAAUGUUGAUUGGUACCGGGUGGUUCUGGAUGAGGCACACACCAUAAAAUCCUGGAAGACUCUUGGUGCACAGGCCGCCUUUACUUUGUCAGCACAUUGUAGGUGGUGUCUUACUGGUACUCCUCUGCAGAAUAAUUUGGAAGAUCUUUACAGCCUUUUAUGUUUCUUGCAUGUCGAGCCAUGGUGCAACUGGGCAUGGUGGAACAAGUUAAUACAGAGACCUUAUGAAAAUGGUGAUCAGAGAGCUCUAAAAUUGAUCAAGGCCAUUUUGAGGCCACUGAUGUUGAGGAGAACAAAGGAUACCAAGGACAAAGAUGGAAGGGCAAUUCUUGUUCUCCCUCCAACCGACAUUCAAGUCAUUCAGUGUACACAAUCAGAAGCUGAACGUGACUUCUAUGAUGCCCUCUUCAAGAGAUCUAAAGUUCAAUUUGAUCAGUUUGUGGCACAAGGAAAAGUUCUUCACAACUAUGCUAAUAUUCUUGAAUUACUACUUCGACUGAGGCAGUGUUGCAACCAUCCUUUCCUUGUGAUGAGCCGAAGUGAUAAUCAAGAAUUUGCAGAUUUAGACAAACUAACAAGAAGGUUCUUGGAAACAAAUCCUGAUUCAUCAACACAGAAAGCACCUACACCAGCAUAUGUAGAAGAAGUUGUUGAGGGAAUUCGAAAUGGCGAAAAUAUGGAGUGUCCCAUAUGCCUCGAGUCAGCAGAUGACCCUGUGCUAACACCAUGUGCCCACAGAAUGUGCAGAGAAUGCCUUCUUUCAAGCUGGAGAACUCCAGCAAGUGGACUUUGCCCAAUUUGUAGGCAAAUGAUAAAGAAACAUGAGCUAUUCACAUGUCCUUCUGCAAAUCGGUUUCGAGUUGAUGUUGAGAAGAACUGGCAAGUAUCUUCUAAGGUUUCAAUGCUGAUGGAUUGCUUAGAACCUAUAAGAAAAUCUGGUGAAAAAAGCAUUGUUUUUAGCCAAUGGACUUCAUUUCUUGAUCUUUUGGAAAUCCCACUCAAAAGAAAGCAAAUUGGCUACUUGAGGUUUGAUGGGAAAUUGUCACAGAAACAAAGAGAAAGGGUCUUGAAAGAGUUCAGUGAGACUAAUGAAAAAACAAUUUUGUUAAUGUCACUAAGAGCUGGAGGUGUUGGCUUGAACUUAACAGCAGCUUCUAAUGUCUUUAUCAUGGAUCCAUGGUGGAAUCCUGCUGUCGAAGAACAAGCAAUUAUGAGAAUUCAUCGUAUUGGUCAAAAGAAAACAGUUCGUGUUAGAAGGUUCAUUGUUGAGGACACAGUGGAAGAAAGAAUGCAACAAGUCCAAGCAAGAAAGCAAAGGAUGAUAGCUGGAGCUUUGACUGAUGAAGAAGUGAGGUCUGCUAGAAUUGAAGAGCUCAAGAUGCUUUUCAGAUAAUUGAUUUUAAUAUAUUUGGAAAAGUCCAAUUAUAUUUAUAUUUAAUUGGAUGUAAAAUUAGUGAAAAAAAACAAGAAAUUUAUGUCCAUGGGGUGGAUAAAAUUGUUUUUGUAUAGUUACAACUGUUCCACCUGAAUUUUGUAAAGUAUUUUUGAAGUAACAAACCAAGAUAUGAUCUUGUUGUCUAUGCUUAUUGCAUAUUUGAAUUAGA